UGUUGCUUCUGGGUAUUUCGAAGACUGGAAGAAGCAGAGAUGGAAGAGGCAGAGGAGAAGCAACGUCGUCGUUUGAAGCUUGAAGAAGCCCUUGAAAUCCAAUCCCUUAGACGCAUCAUUAGUGCUUACCUCAAUUAUCCUGAUGCUGCAGUAGAGGAUGUUAGAAGAUAUGAGAGAUCUUUUAGGAAGCUUCCACCUGCCCAUAAGGCUUUGUUAUCCCACUAUCCUCUAAAGUUUCAAAGAUUACGCUGGUGUAUCUCGAUGAAUUCUCAUUUCAUAUUCGGCAUGCUUCAGGCAUUCGAACCUCCACUUGAUAUGAGCCAGGACAUAGAUUUAAGUGAAGAUCCACAUCCUGAAUAUGCCCAAAAAAAUCGUUUUGUCUCUCAAGGGAUUAAUGCUUGUUCAUGUGAGUCGGCCCCAGUGAGAAUAACAUGUUUUGUAUCUGAUCAACACGGUUGUGUGGAAGGUAGCAAUGAUACAUGCAGAUCACCAGUACUGGUGCCUCCCAAUGAGGUUUCUGAAGCAUUCAUGACUCAACAUGGUUGUGUGGAAGGUAGCAAUGAUACAUGCAGAUCACCAGUACUGGUGCAUCCCAAUGAGGAGGUGGAUAUUGAGAGUCACCAUCAGUCAAAUACUGGAAGCCAUCCUCCAAGCUUGAUACAUACUAAAGAGACUAGUGAAUAUGGUGGAAGUGCUAUCGCUGUUUCCAAUGGCAAUGUCACGGUCACCUCACCACGGCAACAAUGGUUGGAUCCAUCUCUUCAGUUGAAUGUUCCUUUAGUUGAUGUAGAUAAGGUGCGAUGCAUAAUAAGGAACAUAGUUAGGGAUUGGGCAGCAGAGGGUAAAAAAGAACGUGAUCAGUGCUACAAGCCUAUACUUGAAGAGCUUGAUAUCCUGUUCCCUAAUCGCAGUAAAGAGAGUCCACCUGCCUGUUUAGUUCCGGGUGCUGGACUUGGUCGGCUGGCUUUGGAGAUUUCAUGUUUAGGAUUUAUCAGUCAGGGAAAUGAAUUUUCAUACUACAUGAUGAUAUGCUCAAGUUUUAUUCUUAACCAUUCCCAAACUGCUGGUGAGUGGACGAUAUAUCCUUGGAUUCACAGCAAUUGCAAUUCACUGUCAGAUAGUGACCAACUUCGUCCUGUUUCAGUCCCAGAUAUUCAUCCAGCCAGUGCAGGAAUUACUGAAGGCUUUUCCAUGUGUGGAGGUGACUUUGUUGAAGUCUACAGUGAUACAAGCCAAGUAGGUGCAUGGGAUGUCGUUGUGACUUGUUUCUUUAUCGAUACUGCUCACAAUAUUGUUGAGUAUAUUGAAAUAAUUUCACAAAUUUUGAAAGAUGGGGGAGUUUGGAUAAAUUUUGGCCCUCUACUUUAUCACUUUGCAGAUAUGUAUGGACAAGGAGACGAAAUGUCCAUCGAAUUGAGUUUGGAAGAUGUUAAAAAGAUUGCAUUGCAUUAUGGAUUUGAAUUUGAGAAAGAAAGGACCAUUGAGACAACCUACACCACAAAUCCUAGAUCAAUGAUGCAAAAUCGUUACUUUGCUGCAUUUUGGACAAUGAGAAAAAAGUCUGCAGCAGUGCCGCAGCAAGUGCCCUGAGAAUGGGGGAUACGAUUAUUGUGAUAUAAAUUAUAAACUAUUUCCUUUUUACUUGUCAGGCUUUGUAUUUUUAUUUUCUGGAGUGUAGAAUAUUCUUGUAUUAAUUAAAUCAUGACAAUUGGUUAUCAUUGAAAAGUUGAAUUUGAUGCAUUUGGUUAAAUUAUGCAACAUUGUGAAUAUUUCUUACAAUGAGAUGCAUG